ACGAUAUUUCCUAGUAAACUUCCCUUUACUUUCACUUCCUGAUGAGCUUUUUACUCGUAUGUAAAAAAAAAUAAUAUAUUUUUUGAACUUUAAAAGAAAAAAAGAUUAAAAAAACUUAACUAUGGCCGCAAUGAACACUGCUCCAGAACAGUCGAUGGAAAGCCAGUUUCAGCCGCAACAACAGCAACAAAAUACCACUGUGAUCGUUAACCAACCAGCAGCUCCGACAAAUCAAUUACUUAUUGGUCCUAUACAUGGAACCAGAGAGUGGUCAACUGGCCUCUUUGAUGCUUGUAACGACAUGGGAAACAGUGUGUUCACCUUUUUUUGCUAUUGUUUGACAAUCAAAGAUCUUUCAAGAAGAAUAGGCGAACGCGGCCUGACAGGUUGUGUACCGUCUGCUGACAUAAAUAUCAGAACCAGAAUAAGGACCCUUGGUGGAAUAAGGGGUUCAAUAUGUGACGACUGCAUCGCCGUUACAUUUUGUAAAAUGUGCGCAGCCUGUCAGGAACAACGAGAACUAUGUUCUAUGGGAAUUUAAAACGGUAGUAUUGAUUGUACUAGGACCAAAGGACUUGCUUGAAUGUAUGAAGUACUAUAUGGCUCCACAUUAUUUGUCCUAUCAUGCUUUUUGUGAACACAAAACUGCUGAAUAUGCUAAAUGUAUUUUGUUUUAAGGAAAUUGACAUUUAUUUGUAUCAAGAAAAUAUAGCUAACAUGUAUGUAUUGAUUCUAAAUAAAAACAGAAUUACAAUA